AUGGAUUCAAAAUACAGGUUUCUCAAUAACCUAGUUCUUCCGUCCGUCGCAGCUAUAGUUCUUACUCUGUUCUGUUCUCACCCUUUUUUGUUUACGCACCUUUCUUAUAAUUCUUUGAAGCACUUUGUUUUUGUUUCUCUACCGAAUUUCAAGUCUUUCGUCUUCAACCCCAAGUGCCUGUUCAUUUUAUGCAAUGCCAUCAUUAUCUUCGUCGUUGGAGAAUCAAAGUUCGCGAGUUCACGUUCGUCUCUAGUAAGUGAGAAGAAAGAAGAGCAAUUGGAAACGAAUGGUACGGAAGAGAGUGUGAAUAAGAUUGAAGAUGGAUAUAUGGUAGAGAAAGAAAUCGGAGAAGAAAUAGCAAGCAAUGGCAACGAUGGUGAUGGUGAUUCUUACGAACAGGACAAGGAGGAGGAAGAGAGGAGAGAUGAAGAAGGGGAGUCGGAUUUACCAACCGAAGAAUUAAACAAAAGAAUUGAAGAUUUUAUAGCCAAAGUUAACAGACAAAGGUGGCUUGAAGCUAGGGGAGACUUUGAGAGAGGGUAA